AGAGGGGACCCCCGCGGGGCCUGCCCUUGCGCCCCACGUGACUUCCUGAAAGCCUAGGGCACCGCCUCUCUCCAACUUAGUUUCGUUUCCUCCGCUGCCUGGGGACGGUCGCGCCGCGGUCCCCUGCCGUGCUAGCGUGUCUCAUCCGGUGUCCCCAGGAGCGCCAUGGCGGAGCUGUUCCUGCUGGCGGAGGAGCUGUCGUGCUCCAUCUGCCUGGAGCUCUUCAAGGAGCCGGUCACCACCCCGUGUGGCCACAACUUUUGCCGAUCGUGCCUGGACGAGACGUGGGCUGUCCAGGGCAAGCCGUACCGGUGUCCCCAGUGCCGCGCCGUGUCCCCGUCGCUCCCGGAGUUGCGAAAGAACACGGUGCUGUGCGCGGUGGUGGACCAGUACCUACAGGCCGAGCUGGAGCAGGCGCCCGUGGCCGACUGGACGCCACCUUCCCCUCCCGAGGUCCCCAGUCCCGCCACCCAGGUGUUCUGUGACCACUGCCUGAAAGCGGAGGCCGUGAAGACCUGCCUGGUGUGCAUGGCCUCCUUCUGUCCGGAGCACUUGCGGCCACACCUCGAGAGUCCUGCCUUCCAAGACCACCAGUUGCAGCUGCCGGUUCGAAACCUGCUGAAACGAAAAUGUUCUCGGCACAACCGCCUGCGGGACCUGUUCUGCCCCACACAUGGCGAGUGUAUCUGCCACGUCUGCCUGGUGGACCACAAGACCUGCUCUCCAGUCGCCCUGAGCCAGGCCAGCACCGAUCUGCAGAACAAACUGAGGCAUAAGCUAACCAUCAUGUGCAGUCAUAUCAACGGGGCAACAAGAGCACUGGAGGAUGUAAGAGCCAGGCAGCAGAGCUUCAGGGAGGCUACAAACAGGAAGAUGGAGCAGGUGAGACAGGAGUACACGGAAAUGAAGAUUCUCAUCGAGACCUCCGAGGCCAGCGCCAUCCGAAAGCUAAAGGAAGAAGAGAAGAGGGUCGUCAACAAGUUUGACUCCAUUUACCAGAUUCUCCUCAAGAAGAAAAAUGAGAUCCAAACCCUGAAGGAGGAGAUCGAGAGCAGCCUGGUGAAGAGGGACGAGUUCGAGUUUCUUGAGAAAGCGUCAAAACUGCAAACAGUCUCUACGAAGCCAGUCUACAUCCCCAGGGUGGAGCUGGACCAUGAGCUGAUCAAGGGUGUCUACCAAGGUGCCUUAGAGGUCAAUAACCAGCUAAGGCAGUCCCUGGCACAGUCCCAGGAGAAGAAGCCCGAGGAGCCCAUCAGCUCAGAUGACUCUGGAGACCAUGGCACCCAGUCUACAAACAAGCCCUCGAACCCUGGGAAGAAGUCCUCACAAGAAAAGAAAACCAAGAAACCCAGUAAGUUGGGUUCACCCCACGCUGGACCUGACACUGGCGCUACUGCUGCCUCUGCCUCGUCCAGCCAGACUGUCAGAUUCGGAGCCCCUGGACAGUCGGUGGAAAUGAAAUCAUCCCCGGAUGAUGCAGCCAAAACCACCACCUUGCCAAGUGCCGUGACCAUCAAGACCAAGGUGCUGGAAAACUUCUUAGCCAAGACCAGAUCUGAGCUCUUAGAGUAUUUUGUUAAGGUCAUCUUGGACUACAACACCGCCCACUACAAAGUGGCUCUGACCGAGAACUACACCACCGCCUCCGUGGCCGACGUGCCCCAGAAGUACCGGCCACACCCCCAGCGGUUCACCUACUGCUCUCAGGUGCUGGGUCUGCACUGCUACAAGAAAGGGAUCCACUACUGGGAGGUGGAGCUGCAGAAGAACAACUUCUGUGGGGUGGGCAUCUGCUAUGGCACCAUGGACCGCCAGGGUCCCGAGAGCCGUCUGGGCCGCAACAAAACCUCCUGGUGCGUGGAGUGGUUCAACAACAAGAUCUCCGCCUGGCACAACAACACGGGGAAGACGCUGCCCCCCACCAAGGCCACGCGGGUGGGCGUGCUCCUCAACUGUGACCACGGUUUUGUCAUUUUCUUUGCUGUCUCUGACAAGUUCCACAUGAUGUAUAAAUACGUCGUGGACUUCACCGAAGCUCUGUACCCGGCCUUCUGGGUGUUCUCGGCGGGUGCCACGCUCUCUAUUUGCUCCCCAAAGUAGGCAGGCCCUUGGGCUGGCUGCCCGAGGAGCACCCAGGUGGGACUCCUUGGAGAACUUCCCCGAGUUCCCUGGGAGGAUG